ACGUUCCAUUACCCAUAAAUAAUUUACACGUUUUUUGCUGAACCCAACAAAAUCAGCCGAAAGGAAAAAGAGAGAGAAAGGAAGCCAUGUUUUCGCCUUCAAAGCCCACUUUCUCUUCCUUCUUCUUCUUCUUCCUCCAAACCCUAAUCUCUGCAUCUCAAGACCUUAGCUUCACCUUCGAUGGCUUCCGCUCAUCAUCACCCACCAACCUAACCCUAGACGGAAUCACAGCCAUCACACCAAGUCGUCUCCUUCGCUUAACCAACACCACCAGGCAGCGAACCGGUCACGCCUUCUAUACCAAACCGGUCCGGUUCAAAACCUCUCGAAACGGCACCGUUUCUUCCUUCUCCACCACCUUUGUGUUCGCCAUCGUCUCAGAGGUCCCAACCUUCGGCCAUGGCAUGGCCUUCGUCGUCGCGCCACAACCCUCUCUCCCGACAGCUCUCCCGAGCCAUUUUCUCGGUCUUUUCAACGACCAGAACAACGGCAACGACACCAACCAUGUCUUCGCGGUCGAGCUUGACACGAUUCAGAGCAACGAGUUCGGAGACAUCAACGAUAACCACGUCGGAAUCGACCUCAACGGUUUGAGAUCGGAGAAAGCCGAACCGGCCGGUUAUUGGGAUAAUACCGGCCGGUUCGUGAAUCUGACUCUUCUCAGCCGUAAUCCCAUGCAGAUGUGGAUUGAUUAUGACGGAGCCACCAAACAGAUGAACGUAACCAUGGCUCCGAUCUUCGUGAACAAACCCAAGAAACCACUUCUGUCUCUGAUCAAGGAUCUUUCUCCGGUUCUUUUGGAGAACAUGUACGUGGGUUUCUCGUCUUCGACUGGUUCAGUCUACACAGAGAAUUACGUUCUUGGCUGGAGCUUCCGGAUGAACGGAGAUUCGCCGCCAUUGACGCUGUCGAAGCUCCCGGAGCUUCCUCGGAUCGGACCGGAGAAUACCAACGAGUUUUUAAGAGUCGGGUUACCGUUGAUUUCCCUGUUCUUGCUGUUCUUGCUCGUCUUUGCCGCGAUUUACAUCGUGAAGAGGAAGAAGAAGUUCGCUGAAGAGCACGACGGGUGGGAACUGGAAUUCGGAACGAACAGGUUCAAGUUCAAGGAUUUGUACUACGCGACAAAAGGGUUUAAAGAGUCUGAACUCCUCGGAAAAGGCGGUUUCGGGAAGGUAUACAGAGGGAUUAUGCCGAAAACGAAUCUGGAAAUCGCGGUGAAGAGAGUAUCGCACGAUUCAAAGCAAGGGAUGAGAGAAUUCGUGGCCGAGAUCGUAAGUAUCGGUCGUAUGAGCCACAGAAACUUAGUCCCUCUCUUGGGGUAUUGCCGCAGAAAAGGAGAGCUUCUUCUGGUUUACGAUUACAUGCCUAAUGGAAGCUUAGACAGAUACUUACACAACAACCCGUACGAAACCCUAGACUGGAAACAGAGGUUCAAGGUCAUCAAUGGCGUCGCUUCUGGUUUGUUCUACCUCCAUGAAGGAUGGGAGCAAAUGGUCGUACACCGUGACGUGAAAGCCAGUAACGUUCUGCUGGACGGAGAUCUCAACGCAAGAUUAGGCGAUUUCGGGUUGGCCCGUCUGUACAAUCACGGGUCGGAUCCUCACACGAGCCGGAUCGUGGGAACGUUAGGGUACGUAGCUCCGGAACAUGCACGUUCGGGUAAAGCCACUACGGCUACUGACGUUUUCGCUUUCGGGGUUUUCCUCCUCGAAGUUGCGUGCGGGAAACGGCCGAUCGAGUUCACGGCCGGAACGGACGAGACAUCGCUGUUGGUGGAUCGAGUUUUCGGGUUCUGGUCCAGAGGAAAUAUAUCCGAUUCGAGAGAUCCGAAUCUUGGAUCUGAUUAUGAUCAGAGAGAGGUGGAACUCGUUCUGAAACUAGGGUUGCUGUGUUCUCAUCAUGAUCCUAGGAUCAGACCGAGCAUGAGACGUGUUCUUCAGUAUCUGCAAGAAGAUAUCGAGUUUCCGAAUCUUUCGCCGUCGGAUUUGUCGGAAAAUGGAUUGAUGUUCGCAGGAAACGAAGAUAAGUUUAGGGAUCUUGCGAUUCAUUUUUCAUCUUCCACGUUUAGUGCCUUCACGGGUCCCUCCUCCGUUACCAAUUCUCUGCUUUCCUCGGGGAGGUUGUCUCAUUCAUCAAAAUCUUUUUCUUGACUAAUUCUGCCGUGAGAGGGGAGGAAAGAGAUUUCGAGUCCGGAAACUAUAGAAUGAAUGUGUGUGUGUGUGUGUGUGUGUGUGUGUAUAUAUAUAUAUAUUAUGAUUUAAUUUUGUUGAAACUGCACUAUCAA